UACCUUGGAAGUGGAAGUCUCAGGGAGAAGCUUCACGUUUCCGCACUCUGUUUUCUACUUCGCCGACUUCCCUUCACCUCUCGCUAAUCUCUUUCUCGCCCAGUUGGAGCUGUUUGAGACGACGACGAAUACGAAGCUACCACACACCACGCCGCGAUUUCUCCACACGCUCUCCUUCCAAGAACCCUCCCAAGAAAGACCCAAUAAAUCCCCGGUCUAAUUCUAUUGGGUAUAUUAUUUGCCCCCAAGCGCGAGCUCCUCCCUCAAAAGCCGAGACCGAGAACCAUGAGACCCGGACCGUCCCGGUCGAGCCAGACCGCACCGCAGAAUCGCCCCCGCCGCCAACUGGGCCUAUCUCUACCCCUCCCCCAGCGCGACGCCUCCUUCGCCGUCCCCCUCCCCCUCCCCCCGCACUCCGCCGGCGCCGACCUUGUCCCCGCGCUCGCCGACCUCGAGCGCGUCCGCCGCGUCGGCAGCGGCAGCGGCGGCACGGUGUGGAUGGUCCGGCACCGCCCCACCGGCCGCGUCUACGCGCUGAAGGUGAUCCACGGUCGCCACGACGACGACGUCCGCCGCCAGAUGCGCCGCGAGAUCGAGAUCCUCCGCGCCGCUGACAGCCCCUCCGUGGUGCGGUGCCACGGGUUCUACGACCGCGGGGGGGAGAUCCAGAUCCUGCUGGAAUACAUGGACGGCGGGUCGCUGGAGAACCGCCGUAUCGCCUCCGAGGCGCAGCUGGCCGCCGUGGCGCGGCAGGUCCUGGUGGGGCUGGCCGACCUCCACGGCCGCCGGAUCGUGCACCGCGACAUCAAGCCGUCCAACUUGCUCGUUAACGGCGCGGGGGAGGUCAAGAUUGCCGACUUCGGGGUCGGCCGGAUCCUGGCGCAGACGAUGGACCCCUGCAACUCCGCGGUAGGUACGAUCGCCUACAUGAGCCCCGAGCGGAUCAACACCGACCCCAACGAGGGCGCCUACGACGGCCGGGCGGGCGACAUAUGGGGCUUCGGCGUCAGCGUCCUCGAGUUCUACCUGGGUCGGUUUCCAUUCGGGGAGCUGCUGCGGAGCCAGGGGGCCUGGGCGAGCCUCAUGGUGGCCAUCUGCUACGCUCCGCCACCCGAGGCGCCGUCCACCGCCUCGCCGGAGUUCCGUAGCUUCGUCGCCUCGUGCCUGCAGAAGGAGCCCGAGCGUCGACUCACGGCGGCGCAGCUCCUCCGGCACCCUUUCAUUGCCCGGGCGGCGGCCGCCCCUCCGGAUAUGUCGCAACUUAGACUUGGGUAGACCGAUAAAGAUGUUGUUUUCAUGUGUGUCUUUUUGCGAAAAUGAUAAAAUAAAAUAAAAUAAAAAAACGCGCGUU